UUGCUGCUUUACGAGUGACUAUCACCGUCACCAUAGACACGUCACACAAGCGGCCAAGGGACUCAGGACACGUCAGACUCACCCUCUCCACGUCCUCACUCCUGCGUGGCAGCCUCCCCCGGGACCACCCCCGGGGAUCACGCACCAGAUCGCGCCCCUGGCCCACCCGGACGGCCCGGACCCCGCCAGCGUGGCAGAAACGGACGGCAUCGGCCAACGCCGGCUGGCCCAGCACAUAUCGACAAACAAACGGCCCACGCCGCGACACGUCGCCCCCUCCAUGCGUUCUUAUCCCCACGAUGCUUCCGCCGGAACGCUGCCAUUCUCCGCUCUCAAACCCGCCGCGCUCCCUCGUCCCUCCCACCUCGCUCUCCCUCCUACUCCCCCGCUCUCCUCUUCUCCUCGUCGUCCUCCAGAUUCCACUUCCACCCGUGCUUUGUGCGCUUCUGAUCUGCUGCUGCUCUUAGCGUUCUUGAUUCGGUGUGCGGUGAGUUUUGCUCGGGCUGGAUCGUCUUGGUCAGGCUCGGGGCUGUUUGACUUGACCGGAAGCGAGGGAGAAGGGAGAGGAGCUUGCUGUGUUUGUUGGAUCGGUGGCGAUGCCGGACUCCGACAACGAGUCCGGCGGGCCGAGCAACGCGGAGUUCUCGUCGCCGCGGGAGCAGGACCGGUUCCUGCCGAUCGCGAACGUGAGCCGGAUCAUGAAGAAGGCGCUCCCGGCGAACGCCAAGAUCUCCAAGGACGCCAAGGAGACGGUGCAGGAGUGCGUCUCCGAGUUCAUCUCCUUCAUCACCGGCGAGGCCUCCGACAAGUGCCAGCGCGAGAAGCGCAAGACCAUCAACGGCGACGACCUCCUCUGGGCCAUGACCACGCUCGGCUUCGAGGACUACAUCGAGCCGCUCAAGCUCUACCUCCACAAGUUCCGCGAGCUCGAGGGCGAGAAGGUGGCUAGCGGCGCCGCGGGCUCCUCCGGCUCCGGCUCGCAGCCGCAGAGGGAGACGACGCCUUCCGCGCACAAUGGCGCCGUCGGCUACGGCAUGUACGGCGCCGGCGCAGGCGCAGGCGGAGGCAGCGGCAUGAUCAUGAUGAUGGGGCAGCCGAUGUACGACUCCCCACCGGGCGCGUCAGGGUACCCGCAGCCCCCGCACCACCAGAUGGUGAUGGGCGCGAAAGGUGGCGCGUACGGCCACGGCGGCGGCUCGUCGUCGCCGUCGGGGCUCGGCAGGCAGGACAGGCUAUGAUGCAUGACGGGUCCGUGGCUGCAUGGCUGAAGAGGCCGGCCCGGCUUCUUGGUUGGUGUCGGCAAUUGGUGCCGGCACGCUGGUUAAGUUAACCUUCUUUUUUCUUUCCUUUUGUGGUUUAUAAUUAAUGUUGUGCUAAAUGGAGCCAGUGAUGUGGUUAAUACUAGUAGUCGCUUAACCUCU